UGAAAUGUUCGAUUUGAGUUCAUUUUACACCAGUAGGUCGAUUAAAGUAAUACAAGAGGUAGCACAGUCUAAACUUUGGCACAAUUAACAAAUAGUAAAGCAUGAUCACGUGGGCGCUGCUGGCGGUGCUGGUGGUGACGGCGCUGCUGUACUCCCGAUGGCGUCACAGCUACUGGUCCUCGAGGGGCGUGCCCACAGCACCCGGCUCCAUCCCCUUCUUUGGUCACAUGUUCAGUUUUCUCUCCAGGAGCAAGUAUCGGUGGCUGGUUGUUGACGAGAUGUACCAUAAUCAUAGAGGCUCAUUGUUCUGUGGCAUGUAUAUGCUACUCCGGCCAGAUCUUCUGCUUGGUGAUCCUGACUUGCUAAAGGGUGUUCUGAUUAAGGAUUUCGACCAUUUCACUGAUCGGCGGUCUUUUAAGUCAACCAAUCCCAAAGAUAAAGUUGUUAACGAAAUGUUAACCGCAACCACAGGUGAACACUGGAAGGGCAUUCGGUCAGUUCUGUCUACUAGUUUCACGUCAGGGCGGAUGAAGGGCAUGUUCCCUUUAAUAGAAGCCAAAGCCCAGGGUUUAAUUGAUUACCUCUACAGACAGCUGAAAAAGGACCCAGUAGUGCGCAUGAAGCACACCUUUGGUAUGUACACGAUGGAGGUCAUAUCAUCAUGUGCCUUUGGCUUGGAGACAAAUUCAUUUGCAGGAGACGAUAGCAUCUUUGCCAAAAAAGCCAUAGAACUGUUUGCAAUUAAGCCUCUGAGGCAUGUGCAAUUAUUGCUCCUUUUUACGUUUCCCAAGCUUGGAAGACUUCUAAAUAUUCAGUUAGCACAUGAAAACAUGGAAUUUUUCACUGACGUUGUAAUUGAGACAAUGAAGCAGAGAAAGGCAGGUGCGAAGAGAGGAGACUUCUUAGACAUAAUGCUGGAGACCAGAGAAGAUCAAGAUCAAAGUACUGACAAAAAGAAACCCAAGUAUCCUUUGAGUGACGACACUAUCAUAGCAUCUUCAGUCCUCUUCAUAAUUGCCGGGUACGACACCACAGCCAACACCCUCGGCAUUGCAUCCUUCCUCUUAGCUAAACACACCAAGGAGCAGGAACUUCUUCGCGAAGAGCUGAGGAAUCUGAUUGCAGAGCACGGGUCUCUCACUUACCAGGCGAUUAUGGAGGCCAAGUACCUGGAUGGCUGUGUAUCAGAGACCUUGAGAAUUUACCCGCCUGUUCCUAUAAAUACGAGAAGUUGCACUAUGGACUAUAACCUUCCAGGAACAGACCUUCUCAUCCACAAAGGACAAACGAUAUUUAUCCCUGUCUGGAGCCUCCACCACGAUCAGAAGUACUGGCCAGAACCUGAGAAGUUCGACCCAACGCGCUUCUUCCCUGAGAAUAAGGACAGGAUUGUGAGUGGGACUUACCUUCCCUUUGGCCUCGGUCCCAGAAAUUGCAUAGGUAAGGAAUCUUUAAAGCCACUGUGCGGAGCUUUAUGUGAAAUACUGUCAACCAUAUCUCAUUAAGUCUUUUAUUCAAAA